AUCUUUCUGCCCUGCGUUGUCUGCGCCGCCCAUGCGCCGCCCCAGUCCACUCCUUCAGGCUCGGUCGCUCUCUCGAUACCCAUCAUGCUGCUCCAGCUUCACGCUCUCACUCUCACUCUCGCAUGGAUACCCACAGCCCUCGCGCAGUGGUUGCAGUAUCCGCCCUCGGGAACAGCGACCAUGACUCACUAUACCUUGCCAGAUAACUACAUCGCGGCCUGCGGCUGCACUGCAGACAGCACUCACUACCCGACCGCCGCCAUGAGUCAGGCAGCCUUCGGGAGCAGCAUCGCCUAUGGUCCAGCUUGCGGACGCUGUUUCAACUUGACCCUCUUGAACACGUACACGCCAACUCCUCCAUUCUUCCCCACUGUUGCAAGUAGUGUGGUGGUCAAGGUCACCGACCUGUGUCCUGGUGGAGGGACUGGCUUGUGCUCUGCCACGCCUGGCCAUCCCAACUCAGGAGAGCAAUACAUUAAUUUCGACCUUGCUUGGCCUUCGUCUUCAAUUUCUCCCAAUUUCUUUCCUAGCAAUGUCUCGCUUUAUGGAUACUCAGAUUUUGGCGUCUGGAACGUCAGCUACGAGAUCGUAUCCUGUGUCGACGACUGGGCAGGCGGUCACAACGCGGCCGCGCUCGGUAGCAUUAACCAAACCUACGGGGUCUGCUGCCCUGCGAACCCCAACUCAACUGACCUUUGCCCAUCCUAUUCUGACGACUCUAAUGCUCAACCGCCCGACACUGUUACGAGUUCUGCCAUCAGCUCUUUCUCAGGCUUCUCUUAUACCAUUGUCACAUUAUACCUUCUUGUACGCGGCACGCUAUCGCUGUGAUCAUCUUGCUUGUACACUCAUUUUAGGCGGAACCUCCCUGUAUCACAGCUAAUUGUACCAUGUGGGCCAACGUUGUUCUCAAUGACGAGACGAGGUGUGGCUAUGCUCUUCUAAGCUUUAACGCGGCAUAAUAUGUCUUUCUGUCUGCCUUUUCCAGGUCUACCGCAGCAAAGCCCCGCAUGCCAUCAGCUCUUGCCGAACAACGUGUUGCGCCCUGCAUCUUGAACGGCUCGUCUUAUUCUUCGUGCGGCGACGAGCAUCUUUCGGAGGUCGUCGCGUCGUGGUCACGAAUCUAGCUGACAGCUCUGACGGACAACUGACGAGCGUGCGUCGAGUCACCUGCAACGGUUCUUGUAUCGAUUCGGACAGCGCAGAGCUAGAACAAGACAUUACAAGGAUACCUUUAUGCGGACCUCCCCUAAAGGAUACCCCCGGUGACCAGUGGCGCCAUCUUGACCACCGUACUAUAUGCAGGAAAUGCUGCACAGGACGUCUGCAGAGUAUAAAGAGCUCUCAUCGACUCCAUUCAUGGCUGCUUUCAAGCUAUCAGAUGUGUAUCACGUCAAGAUCCUUUACAUCAGAGCAGAGGACACUAUUUUCGAGAUCGACGAGCGCAUCGUCAAAUUCAACUCGCCUAUGCUCAAGCAGAGAUUGGAAUCUGAAUAUGGAUGCUCGCAGCCGGUAUCGGAGCCUCCGUACGGUGAAGGCAGUCAUAGGGAGAAUCCGUUGACCUUCGAUGAUAUCACCUCCGAAGACAUGAAAACCGUACUGGACGCAAUUUGUCCAAGGCAUGUUUACCGUGAAGUUGCGUGAACGCUCAAACGCCUAUGACACACUGCCAGUCGAAAGCCCUCCACCCCCAACUCAGGACUGGCUUACCGUUGUGGAAUUCGCACAUCGAUGGGACUUCGGCGCAGUACACAGCAUCUAUCUGGACAAACUGCGGUGGGACAUCGAAGACCCUGUCGAUAGAAUCGCACUUUACCACAAGUAUACUGUGCAGCUCGACAAGCCGUUUGGGCUAGCUAUCGAGAAGCUUGUACGACGAGAGCAGGAUCCAGCCGUCGAGGAGAUUGGGAAGAUCGGGCUGGACAACCUGAUCAGGGAGAUGUGGAAGUUUAAGGAGCGGCGUUGAAAUUGCAUAUCUCCCCGUCACUAGACAUUCAAAGUUCAUGUAUACUUCCCGCUGCGUCGAAUCC